AUGGGUGGAGGUGAAGAUCUUGUAAACAAUGCAGCUAGUGCUGCUGGGAAUCCCAUUGUCCACGCCACUGGUACUACAGAAGAUCCUAUAAAUGACAGAGGAGAUUUCUCAAAAAAGGUUGAAAACAUCAAAGCGGUUGAUGUGGAAAGUCCUACAAAUGACCUACCAAAUCAUGCAGUAAAUCAUGUUAGCAGCAAAGAAAUUGGUUCAGAAAAUCCUGCUAAUGUUAAACCAAAUGACUCACUAAAUCCUUUAAAUGACCAAGCAGGUGGUUCAGAAAAUCCAGUAAUUGUCCAAGCAAAUGUUCCAGAAACCCGUAGAAAUGAAGCAGGUGGUACAGAAACAGGUAAUCCUAUAAAUGACCAAUUAAAUGGUGCGGAAAAUCCUGCAAACAACCAAGCAGGUGGCGCAGAAACAAAAACUCCUAUGAAUGACCAGUUAAAUAUUGCGAAGACUUCUGUGAAUGACCAAGCAGGUGGUGGAGGCAAAAUUCUUGUUCACAAUGAAGCAGUUGCUAUAGAAAAUCCUUUAGUUGACAAACAAGAUGGUGUGGAAAAUCUUGUAGAAGAGAAAGCAGAUGCCACUGAAGUCCCGUCAAACAUCAAAGAUACUGUUGAAACCCCUGUAAGCAACAAAAUAGACCGUCUUCCAGCAGAAGCAAAGGAGAUACUGAUAUCAUUGGCAAGUAAAUGGGAGGAUGUACUAGAUGCAAGUGCAUUGCAGGUGAUCCCUCUCAAGGGGGCAAUGACAAAUGAGGUAUUCCAAAUAAAGUGGCCAGCUACAAGUGGGGAAACUUCACGGAAGGUUGUAGUUAGAAUCUACGGUGAGGGUGUGGACAUUUUCUUUGAUAGGGAGAAUGAAAUACGGACAUUUGAAUACAUGUCAAAAAAUGGUCAAGGGCCUCUUCUACUAGGCCGUUUUACAAAUGGACGCGUUGAAGAGUUUAUCCAUGCACGGACAUUGUCAGCUUCUGACCUACGUGAUCCAUCAAUAUCUGCUCUUAUAGCAGCCAAAAUGAAGGAGUUUCAUGAUCUAGAUAUGCCGGGUGAAAAGAAAGUCAAUCUUUGGCGUACAUUGAGAAAUUGGCUUACUGAGGCCAAACGUUUGUCUUCUCCAAAGGAAGUUGAAGCUUUUUAUUUGGACACAGUCGACAAGGAAAUCUCUAUUUUGGAAAAGGAACUAUCCGGCGCACACCAACAGAUAGGAUUUUGCCACAAUGAUUUACAAUAUGGUAACAUAAUGCUUGAUGAAGAGAGCAAUUCUGUGACCAUAAUAGACUAUGAAUAUGCAAGUCACAAUCCUGUAGCAUAUGAUAUAGCAAACCACUUCUGUGAGAUGGCUGCGAACUAUCAUACAGAAACGCCUCAUGUUCUUGAUUACAGCAAUUAUCCUGAUUUUGAGGAGCGUGAGAGAUUUAUUAAGGCAUAUUUGCGUACCUCAGGUGAAGAACCAAGUGAGGGUGAAGUGGAGCACCUACUUCAAGAAGUUGAGAAAUAUACACUUGCAAAUCAUCUAUUCUGGGGCCUUUGGGGAAUAAUUUCGGGACAAGUAAACACAAUUGAAUUUGAUUACAAGGAGUAUGCGAAACAGAGGUUUCAAGAGUACUGGGCAAGGAAACCUUAUCUUCUGAGCUCUGAUGCACCUUCUCCUUUUAAUGUCCCUGAGGGAACAGGAGAGCUUGCGUCGGGAGGGCACACUAAAGGGAAGAACACUGGUAUCUUCAGGAAGAUGAAGAGAGUUUUGGGUCUUGGCUUGUUCAGGUCGAAAAGCUAA